AUGGAUUUGUUGUACGCCUCGGCGGAGGUGCACACGCUACCACCGAGGAAGCGUCUGGGGUGCGUCAUGCGCGAUGUCGCGCACUCGCCGGUGGAUCUUGGGUCGAAGAAGGCGCGGAUCGCGGGCGAGGCGUACGUCAGGCAAGCUCUGAGAGAUCCGAGAAUGCUCGGAAAGGCCUUGGAAAUUGCGAGCGAAGAGUUGAGUGCGUCGUUGUACGACGAUUCUCGCAGCGAUUUCGGCGGUGGUGGGGUGAGUUCAAAGGGGAAGAAGAGUAACGCGAGCUCUUCGUCGCUCACUCAGUUGGCCAAGGAGAAGAAGAAGAAGACGUCUAACAGCCAUCAAACGACGCCGAAGAAGCAGCGCUCGACGACGCCGGCGAUGAAAUCAGACGACGACGACGGUGAAUCGUCGGGACCUGUCGAACCGGAGGAGUUGACGGACGAACAAAUGGCGUUCAAGCUGCACAUGGAGAUGAAUGCCUCGCCGCGCGCGUCUCGCGGCUCCUCGCGGUCGUCCCAGAUGCUCGCCGGCCGCGCCCUCUUCGGAUGA